AUGUCGAGAAAAAGAGAUUUUGGGGAAAUGGAGAGAAUCAUGGACAAGUAUCAGACGAUAAGAGGCGGAUUGCAAAGGAGUUCGGUGAGAAGUCGGGAAUCGUAUUCGACAAAUGGUAGCGAUCCGAGAGAAAAAAUAAAAGAUUGCUGUAGGAAAUUGGUCGCGUUCAUGUGCACUCAAGUCGGUGUCGGGGGUUUGAUCGUGGGCUACGCAAUAGUCGGAGCUUUCGGUUUCAUAUCGAUAGAAGUCGUCGACGAAACGGAACAGGAUAAAUUUGUUAAAGAUCUCAUUGAUUAUUGUGCGGAUAGACUUUGGGAAUUGACGGCGUCGGAAAACAUAUUCAACGAAACCGUGUGGAAAAAAGAAUCGGGAAAAUUAUUAUUGGAAUUUCAAAGGGAAAUGACGGAUGCCAUAAAACACGGGUACGACGGAAGAACGAAUCAAGAUGUUUGGUCGUUUCCCGCCGCUCUCAUGUUUUGCUUAUCCAUUUUCACAAUGAUAGGCUACGGUAACAUGACGCCGAAAACACCCUUGGGAAAAGGUUUGACCGUUUUGUACGCGGCUUUCGGCAUACCCCUCUACGUUUUGUAUUUUAUGAACAUGGGUAAAAUAUUGGCCACGACUUUCCGUUGGCUUUACACUCGUUUGUAUUUGUGCAGCGUCGAAAAGAGAUUCGCGAGACACCGGGAGAGCAACACGAGCGUGACUUUGCAACCCCCCCAAAGAGUCAUCGUUCCGUCGACGGCUUGCUUGUGGGUCAUCGGAGGCUACGUCCUAACGGGAACCAUAAUGUUUGCCGAAUGGGAAAAUUGGAAUUAUCUCGAUUCCGUUUAUUUUUGCAUGACGAGUUUGUGCAAAAUCGGAAUCGGUGAUUUCGUACCCGGACAAAACAUAUCGGAUUCGCGUGAGGGCAAUCAAACGAAAUUGGUAAUAAAUUUCAUUUAUUUGCUCCUCGGAAUGGGACUCAUCGCCAUGUGUUAUAAUUUGAUGAGAGAAGAAGUUCGCGUGAGAGCGAGAGAAAUGAAACAAUUUUUCAAAAGGUGUUUGGAUGACGUGCAAUCGGAAACGGUCGAUCGUUACACGGGACGAAGAAAUUAA